AUGCAGCUCCUUAACCUCAGCCUGUUCUUUUUGUUGCCCUUUGCGACAGCCAACCCCAUUCCGCAAGAUAGCCAGAACAUCAUUCCUGGGCAAUAUAUUGUUACUUUGAAAGAUGGCCUCACGACGGCGGAAAUUGAUGCUCACAAGACGUGGCUUGCUUUCACCCACCGAUCCAACAUUGCGGCAAAGGGACACAGUGGAAUAGAGUCCGAGGGAGUUUUCAAACACUUCCAGAUUCACAAAUUGAAUAUGUACGCUGCAGGCCUCGACAAGAAGACUGUAGAAGAACUCAGACGCAGCCCACAUGUAAAAUCGGUUCUCCCUGACCAAAAGAUAUAUCUAGCAGAGGCUGUGACACAGUCCAAUGCUGGAUGGAACCUUGGCUAUAUGUCAAGUAAGGGACAACCGAGUCCCUCAUGGAGUACGCUCACAAACUAUACGUAUGACAGUACAGCAGGAGAAGGUGUUUGGGCCUAUGUCCUGGAUACUGGAGUCAAUGUGAACCACGUUGAAUUCGAGGGACGGGCAAUUCUGGGACGUAACUCUAUCCCAAACAGGCCCCAUGAAGAUACCUUUGGCCAUGGCACAUACGUUGGGGGUAUCAUUGCCGGGAAAACCUAUGGCGUUGCGAAAAAGGCUACUGUAGUCUCUGCAAAGGCUUUUGACGGCGGAUCGAGUUCCUACCGAUAUAUCCUGGAUUCAUACGAGUGGAUUGUCAAGAACAUUACUGAUAGUGACCGUAAAUCUAAAUCGGUCAUUAACUUGAGCAUCUCCGGCGCUAAAUAUCAACCGUUUGAUGAAGCGAUUGAAAAUGCUUUUCAGGCGGGUAUCACCACUGUUGUUGCCUCUGGAAAUGAUGGAAGAGAUGCUUCACAAAACACCCCAGCUUCGUCGCCGAACGCAAUCACUGUAGGGGCACUGCGCUGGGAGAACACCAGGCCAGGAUUCUCCAAUUAUGGAAAAGUUGUUGACCUUUUCGCACCGGGAGAGUUGAUCAGAUCGGGCUGGACAGGCGGUAAUAAUGCGACCCGGGUUGCAUCCGGGACUUCUGCAGCAAGUCCACACGUUGCUGGGCUUGUUGCGUAUUUGAUGAGUAUUGAGACCUUGUCUUCCCCUUCAGAGGUCACUGCAAGAGUUCUUAACCUCACCAUCCCUGGGCUGGUCAAGGAUGCAAGGGGUAGUCCAAACAAGGUUGCCUACAAUGGAAUUCAGGAGAUGUUGUAA